CACUCUCCUUGAAACAAACCUGAAAGAUCCUUCCACUGACACCAUGGUCAACUCUUGUUGUGGCUCCGUCUGCUCUGACCUGAGCUGUGGCCAGGACCUCUGUCAAGAGACCUGCUGUGCUCCCAGCUGUUGCAGACCAAACUGCUGCCAGUCUGUGUGCUGCCAACCAAGCUGCUGCCAAACUACUUGUUGUCGCCCAACUUGCUGCCGCCCAACUUGCUGUGUGUCCAGCUGCUGCCAGCCCUGCUGCCGCCCCACUUGUUGUCGGCCAGCUUGCUGCCGCCCCAGCUGCUGCCGCCCCAGCUGCUGCAGACCAAGGUGCUGCCAGUCUGUUUGCUGCCAACCUACUUGCUGCCGCCCUUCCUGCUGCCAGACUACUUGUUGCCGCACAACUUGCUGUCGCCCUAGCUGCUGUGUGUCCAGCUGCUGCCGCCCCAGCUGCUGUGUGUCCAGCUGCUGCCGCCCUUGCUGCCGCCCCAGCUGCUGUGUGUCCAGCUGCUGCCGCCCUUGCUGCCGCCCCAGCUGCUGUGUGUCCAGCUGCUGCCAGCCCUGCUGCAGACCUAUUUGCUGCCAGACCACCUGCUGUAGAACCACCUGCUGCUGUGGUCCAAGCUGUGGCUCUGGCUGCUGCCAGCCCAGCUGCUGUAUUUCUAGCUGCUGCCGCCCCACCUGCUGUGGGUCCAGCUGCUGCCAGCCCUGCUGCCGCCCUACCUGCUGCAUAACUAGCUGCUGCCAGCCCUGCUGCCGCCCCUGCUGCUGUGGGUCCAGCUGCUGCCAGCCCUGCUGCCGCCCUACCUGCUGCAUAACUAGUUGCUGCCAGCCCUGCUGCCGCCCCUGCUGCUCUGGGUCCAGCUGCUGCCAGCCCUGCUGCUGCCGCCCUACCUGCUGCAUAACUAGCUGCUGUCGCCCCAGCUGCUGCCAACCCUGCUGCCGCCCCACUUGCUGCACACCUAGCUGCUGCCAACCUUGCUGCCGCCCUACUUGCUGCAUAACUAGCUGCUGUCGCCCCAGCUGCUGCCAGCCCUGCUGCCGCCCCACCUGCUGUAUUUCUAGCUGCUGCCAACCUUGCUGCCGCCCUACCUGCUGCACAUCUAGCUGCUGCCAGCCCUGCUGCUGCCAGACUACUUGUUGUAGAACCACCUGCUGCAGACCAGCCUGCUGUGGGUCAUCCUGCUGUUGAGCUCUCCCAUCUAUGUGCAAUUGUCUACCAUUCCUAAUCUUUAUCAGACAGUUACCGGCUUCCUUCUUCUUUUGCCUUACUAGGAGAACAGGUGAUUCCUUGUAAUCAGUUACCAAUUUGAUGCACAUGAGAACCAUUGGGAAACAACAGCCAGUACCUCAAUAUCAUCUAAUGACAGCUAUCUCUGGCCAUCCAUCUCCAUAUGAACACUAACUUUUAUUGAAUUAAAAUCCUUCAACUAAAAUGCUGCCAUUCAUUCUGCCAACCCCCCAACGCCCAUUAUCUUCUUCCCUGACUUUUGGUCCCUGGGGUGUGCUGAUUGACUAGAAGAAGAAUUUUAUUCCUGUUGUGGCUCCACUGGCUGUGGUCCAAGCUGUGGCUCUGGCUGCUGCCACCCCAGCUGCUGAAUUUCCAACUGCUGCCAACCCAACCAAAGUUUUAGCUAAUACUAAGAUGCCAAAGAUGUAUCUCCCCAAUUCCCUGUCAUAACAAUUUGUCUUUUUGUUAGUGUUUCUCAAAUUCCAAAUAAAACC